AAGACUUGUUUUCAUUAUCUUCUCUUCACGUUCGAGUUCUAGAAACUGCCGCGGAGAUAGAUUUGAUGUUUCAAAGCUCCUUUUCUUCUCGAACUCUCCCUUUUUAACAUUUUCACACCAAAUCUUCUGCAGAUUCUUGUGAUAUGUAAUCUCCGAUGAAGUUUAUCGCAUGGUAGUAAAAGUUUGGAGCAUCGCUGAGAAGCUAUUUUGUAUACAAAUGUCAGCCGUUCCUCUUACAGCAGCCAUUGGAGGUGCUGUUGGAGCUCUUGCAUUGUCUGCUCUCUUGGUUUUUCUCCUAUGGUUUUGCAUCAUUCGUCGCAAAAAUGCAUCAAGAACUUCUGAGUCAGGCUCUUCUGAUCCAUCAACUCAAGAAGGAAGAAGUGUUGCAAUGGACUUGUCAAUGAGAGAAGCAAGAAGGUUUAAGGUGGAGGAACUUGCUCAAGCCACCAAGAGUUUCACCAACAAAAGCCUUAUUGGUAUAGGCAAAUUCGGCGAGGUUUACAAAGGUUUGCUUCAAGAUGGUGUUCUUGUGGCCAUCAAGAAACGUCCAGGCUUGCCAACACAAGAGCUUGUUAACGAGGUUCGUUAUCUAUCGUCUAUUAAUCAUCGUAAUCUUGUUACUCUUUUGGGUUAUUCCCAAGAAAACAACACGCAGUUUCUUGUCUACGAGUAUGUUCCUAACGGAAGUGUUUCCAGUCACCUGUACGGUGCUGGUGAUAAAGUAUCUGGAAAUAGACUAGAGUUCAGGAAUAGGCUUGCCAUAUCUAUAGGAGCAGCUAAAGGCUUGGCACAUCUUCACUCACUGAGUCCCAGGUUGAUACACAAGGACUUCAAAACAGCUAAUGUUCUUGUGGAUGAGAAUUUCAUUGCCAGAGUUGCGGAUGCUGGAGUCCGUAACUUCUUGGGAAGAGAUGAUGUUGUUGUUGGUACAUCGUCUCUUGAUGCUGCAGACCAGAUCUUCCUCUCACCAGAGGUUCAAGAGUUCAGAAGAUUUUCAGAGAAGAGUGAUGUCUAUGCUUUUGGGGUGUUCCUCUUGGAGUUAGUAAGUGGAAGAGAAGCAUCAGAACCAUCCCCUUCAAGCUCAACACAAACUCUAGUAGAAUGGAUGCAAAACAUAAGGGAUUACAAGGAUAUACCCAUGAUGGUAGAUGAGAGACUAGGUGGUACAUACACAGCAGAAGGAGUGGAGGAGGUUAUUACACUGACACUGAGGUGUCUUAAUGUUUCAAGCGAGAAGAGACCAGCAAUGAGUUAUGUUGUGGCAGAAUUGGAGAGAAUAUUGGAUAAGGAAGUGAGCUUAACAACAGUAAUGGGUGAAGGUACUCCAACGGUUACUCUUGGAAGUCAGCUUUUUAAAUCAUCAAACUGAUGAAAAAAUUGGAAUCAUCUUUGCAUCUAUAUUUAUUUAUAUAUAAGAUCUCUGAUUCUCUGAGACAAAAACUAAUCAGAGAUCUUAAGAGGAUGAAGAUUGAUCAGCUGUUUUGUGUUUAGUGUACAAACAACAGCUGAACUAUUCUUAUUAUUCGUUUGUUUUUUCCCCUAUUUUACUUCCAUUGGUGGUUACUUUCAGCAGAUUAUUUUUGACAGUGAGUGCAGAAAAUGUAACUUUGUAAAAACAUUAUUUAUUGAUGAUAUGGA